AUGAAGGUCACUCCAAUAGACAGAAAGGCAAUACGAGAUGAUCAUCAUCGAAUAUUGUUAACUUCACUUACAGAUGUACACAAUAUUUCAUACCCUCCUUUAUCAUCCGCACCACGUGUCAAUAAAGUUCCUCGUCAAGUUCGUCAUUCAUCAUUACGAAUUCAAUCGCAUUUCAAUCAACGAACAAAUGAUGAUUUGGAGAAAAAGUCACUGCAACAAGAUAGUUUCUUAAUAAGAACAGAUGAAAAGCCUAGUGGAAUUCGAGAAAAUAAUCAACAGCGAUUAUCCAUAGUCAUCAAGGAUUCAUUGGGAAUAACAAAUGAAACUAAUCGUCAGGCAUUUGGUUCAUGGUCAAAUCAAUGGCAACAACAGCAUCCACAGCAACUACAACAACAACUUCCCCCUCAACAGCAACAACGACUUCCACAUCAACAACAUCCACAGCAACUACAACGACAACUUCCACAUCAACAACAUCCACAGCAACUACAACAACAACUUCCACGGCAACUACAACGACAACUUCCACCUCAUCAACGACAAAAACUUCCACCUCAUCAACGACAACAACUUCCACAUCAACAACCAAGACCACUUCUACAUCAUCAACAACAACAACAUCUUUUUAUUAAUGAAAUAUGGAAACAAAUGGAGACAUCAGGUUCAAAAUGUACAAAAUUGCUUGAAGGUUAUCGUUGA